AUGAACUCUGAUGUCAUCACGGCCCUGAAGCACAGGGGCCUCUACAUUAGGACCGGACACUGGCCCUGGGUUCAGGAUGAGCUGGACUCAGACCCUCAGACUCAGACCCUCAGACUCAGACCCUCAGACUCAGACCCUGAGACUCAGACCCUGAGACUCAGACCCUCAGACUCAGACCCUGAGACUCAGACCCUCAGACUCAGACCCUCAGACUCAGACUCUGAGACUCAGACCCUGAGACUCAGACCCUGA